UUGUCUUACGUAUGUGAGGGGAUAUUCAUGUUAUGACAAAAUGUCAGUUGGGAACACAUAGUCUUACACGAUUAAAAAAAAAGAUAUGAUUGUCUUCGGAACUGUACCUCAGAUACGGAGCGAGAAGGCACACCCUUGUUGAGCACAGAGAAGUCCAUGUUUGUUAGUACCCCGCCGUCAUGUCUGAGUUUCCUUAGAGCGUCCAAAAGCAUCAUCUUCUCCUUCCGUGACCAACUGCAGGCUCGUUUCCUUGCACUUUGCGUCCCUGCCUGGGCGGGAAGAUUGCGAUUAGGUUUGUUACGUGCGCGAGGAGGAGGCUUCAUGAUGGCUGCCAUCAGGAGCGGGUUGACUCCGGGUAGCUUAGCAAGAUGUUUUCUCAGACAGAGUGGACAACAGCGAGGCGGCAGUCAUCCUCUUCCACACAUUUGCCACCGCUUGCCACAAAGGUCCCAUCUGCACACCGUGUUUGACUUCAACAGUGUGGCCACCAGCACGUCCCUACUGGGCCGGCGAUGCCAUGAAAGGCUUCUUUGUGUAAAAGCUGUGGGGGUCCGGCACAGCAGUUCCCAGUUCCCAAACGAUGGCACCGGUGUGGCUGUUUCUCAGGGAGGCCCAUUAGUGGCAUCCUCCCCUCCCUCCUUCCCCGCUGAAACCGCCCCUGUUCUUCCUCAAGCAAUUCCUGAACAGAUCACGCUCCAACCCGUGUCCGUGGCCACGGCACAUGACCUGGCACAUUCACCCCUCCUGGAGUCUGUUCACCCCAAUCCGGUUUUGACACAAGCUACAUUAGAGCCUGGAAUUGAUGUGGCACCGGCCGCCGCGGAGGUCCUGCAGGCUGUGACGACAGAGGUCCGCCUAACAGAGCUGGGACUGGGUGGCCACACUCCCGUGGGUUUGAUUCAGAACUUGUUGGAGUUCAUGCACAUUGAUCUGGGUCUACCCUGGUGGGGAGCCAUUGUUGUAGGAACGGUCAUGGCUCGGCUAAUCGUGUUUCCAGUCAUCGUCAAGGGCCAGCGGGAGGCAGCCAAACUCAACAAUGUCAUGCCAGAGAUGACCAAGCUCACCACCAGGAUGACGGAAGCCAAACAAAGCGGAAACAAAUUUGAAUUCGCCAAAGCCUACACGGACCUGACCUUGUUCCAGAAGAAGCAUGACGUCAACCCCAUGCGUGGCUUCCUGGUUCCUCUGGCGCAGGCACCCAUCUUCAUUUCCUUCUUCAUCGCGCUGAGGAAGAUGUCCUACCUGCCGGUGCCCAGCAUGCAGACUGGGGGCACGUUGUGGUUCAUGGAUCUGACGGCAGCAGAUCCUUUCUACAUCCUGCCUUUAGCCGUCACUGGAACCAUGUUCUUCAUUCUGGAGCUGGGUGCUGAAUCCGGUGUGGACAACCCCAACCUGCGCGCCAUGAAGACCGUGUUCCGGAUCAUGCCCUUCGUCAUCCUCCCACUCACCAUCAACUUCCCGACAGCUGUGUUCACCUACUGGCUAACCUCCAACUGCUUCUCCCUGGCUCAAGUGGCCCUGCUCAGACACCCGCUCGUCCGAGACAAGCUGAAGAUCCCAGAGCGGAUCAAGCACCCGCCCUCGGCCUUGCCACAGAACGACGGCUUCCUCGCCAGUAUGAAGAAAGGAUGGAAGGACGCACAGUUGGCCCAGCAGCUGGAAGAGCGGGAAAGACGCAUCAAAAAUCAUUUGGACCUCGCUGCCAAAGGCCCACUGAGGCAGACUUUUACCCACAAUCCUCUGCAGCAGACACCUGCAGUAGCUGCGAAAGACAAGGGCUCCUCAAGCAAGGCAAGGCCGUGGAAGGACACUCUUGGAUAAUCUGUGUACAUAUUUAUACUUGUCACUGCGAAAUUAAAAUAUAAACCUGUUUCAAAUCACUUAUUUUUCUUCUUUUAUUCCGGACACAACACAAAGGAUUAAGGUUGUCGUAUCAUUUUAUUAUAAAUAAUAAACUCUUGUUUUUUUUUUCUUGGAGAGACACUAAAGAAACAAAAAUAACCCCUUGUGGGACUGACUAUGAACUAAAUCUAUUUACUGCUUGUUGGGAAUAAAACUGUGGCCAGCAGUGCUUUCUGUUUCCACUGGAAGAACUCGCCGAUCAUAAUAAUAUUUUUUCCUCCUGGGAAAAUUAAAAAGAUGUGAAGCCACUUAAAAUAGCAAUUAAAUAGUUAUCAAAUACAUACACUUCUGGAGAGAAGAAAAGUUGGUUUUGCAGUGCAUUAAAAGGUUGAGUAAAAAAAAAAAAA